CCUAACCUAUCGUGGCCUUAUGUGAUUCUCAUGCUGGGCUCCGAACAGUUUAAUUCCAAGCCAAAGCGUGGAAUUGAGUUUCUCCAACAUUACGGCAUUUUACGCACUCCAUUGGAUCCCACUGAAUUGGCUCACUUUUUGCGAGAGAACCCGCGACUAGACAAACGCAUGAUUGGAGAGUAUCUGAGUGACCGGAAAAACGGUGAAGUUCUCGCUGCCUAUGUAAGACAAUUUAAUUUCAAAGGUGUUCAAAUAGAUGAAGCGUUACGGGUCUAUUUGGAGGCAUUCCGAUUACCUGGAGAGGCCCCCCUAAUCCAACGAGUUAUGGAGCAUUUUGCUGAACAUUGGUACUGCGCAAAUGAUAAACCGUUUGCUGAUGUCGACUCCGCCUUCACAUUGGCUUAUGCUAUCCUCAUGCUCAAUACGGACCAGCAUAAUCCGAACUCGAAGAAACAAAAUGCGCCUAUGACAGCGUCUGAUUUCAAAAAGAAUUUAAGUGGUAUGAACGGUACUGGGGAUUUCGAUCCCAAACUUUUGGAUGCAAUUUACAUGAGUAUUAACAAAAAUGAAAUAGUGAUGCCUAGUGAACAAACGGGACUCGUCCGUGAAAACUACUUGUGGAAGUGUUUAUUGCGGCGUGCCUUGACUUCCCAGGCGGAUUUCAUUCACGUCCAGACUGGUACUCUGGAUCCGGACCUGUUCGACAUUAUCUGGGGCCCGACCGUUUCCGCCCUGUCGUUCAUAUUUGACAAGACGUCAGACCCGGCCGUACAAAGUAAAGCAGUGGACGGUUUCAUUCGUUCAGCCGCGAUUGCUGCACAUCACGGUAUGAGCGACGUGUUGGACAAUCUGGUUAUUUCUCUGUGCAAAUUCACCACACUGUUGACAAUCGGAGACGUAAGUUAUUCUCUUGACGUUGCUUUUCUUAUGUGCUCACAAGUGUCACUGGGUCGUAAUAACAAAGCCUUACUUGCGCUUCGCCUCGUGUUUGCGCUUACGGCGAAUCACGCGGACAUUUUGCGAUACGGUUGGCAUUCCCUGCUGGAUUGCUUGCUUCAGCUGUUCCGUGCCAGUCUGUUGCCGGAUGAACUGGUCGAGGCGGAAGAUUUUGUCAGUCCAUCGCAUCGUGUACGGCUGACCACUCGCGGUUGUUUCAGUGCCAGUUACUGGACCUCUAUUGGUUCGAUAAUGGCUGCUGGGGGUCAGUUGGACGACAGUGCUGCAACGCGACUGGCAGUGGAUACAGUCGCUCAGUGCGAGAUUGCCCAGCUGAUCAAGGAUACUAAGUUUCUGGUAGAUGCGUCGCUGGUGGAGCUGAUUAAAGUGAGUAUUGCACCCUCUCAUCCAACCGUGACCAAUGCUGCUCCCGCGUUCUCAUUACCCACCCCCACGGCAUCCUACUAUCCCACAUUCUUUGCCAGCGGUGGUGGGGUCAUGCUUACUGAAGAUUGUCGAAUUUUCUGUUUGGAGUUGCUUGUGCGGGUGCUGUUGCACAAUCGAGACCGAAUGACCACUAUCUGGCCGAAUGUGCAAUACUAUCUGGCUGAUCUGUUGCUCACUGCACCGGAACCCGGCCCAUUGGUUGAACGCGUGGUUGUCGGUUUUCUCCGACUGGCCACAUGUCUUCUACGUCGACAUGAGAUGACCAGUCAGGUUAGUCCAAUUCCGCAUGUUUGUUCAUCACUUGACAUUUAUAGGAUAAACGCACAUAUUUCACGUAUUCAUGGGAUUACUCAUCAAUCACGAUAUUUGCACUAUAAAUUAACUGCCUUGCAUCCGAAUAUCAAUGAGUUAGUAGAUUGGGAAAUAACCCAUUACCUUACCUGGUCUGUUGUAGUACCAAGGCCUACUGACCGCGUCUCUAAGCGCUCCGUCCAACCCCAUCAACUGGUCUCGUCAGACGUGCUUGCUCUGCCCAUUUGGAUUGGUCUACGGGAUGCGGUCACUUUGGAACGUGCGGCAGACUGUUUGGCCUUCCUAGUGCGUGACCCUGCUCAUAUAACACCGGACAAUUUCCAGGUACGUUCACAAGUGGGGAAUCGGUGUACUUCUGUGCCAUGCAGUUCUGUUUCCAAGGAACUGGGGGAGGAUUCGAAUGUACUUAUGCAACGAUCUUCUGCCCAUACACUACUCGACCUUAUUCAUCUGCUGUUGACCCGCGCAACAUCAAUCUACACGGAAUGGAAGUACACGGGCUGUUCAACUGGUCCGCUCUGUGGGACUGAUUCAGGGACUGUAGAUGCGAACUAUUUGUGGCCGAACUGUUGGCGUCCUCUGUUGCAAGCGAUCGCUCGACUGUGCUGCGAUUGUCGACGUGAGGUGCGCACGGACGCUCUGGCCUAUUUGCAUCGGGUGCUUCUCAUCGCCAUGGAAGAAGCGGCUGCCGUGGCUAACAGCGCUAAGUCACCGAAAGCAAAUCGCUCUGGUCGAGCUUCAUCCGUCCAGUAUCACGCUGUGGAAUACGCGGAUCCGCGAAUGCGUGCUAUACCUCUACUAACCAAAGUAUUUCUACAACAUUUGCGCCCACUUCACGAGUCUGAAAACUUCCACGUCCUUUGGACACGGAUGCUGGCUUACAUGGAACAGUACAUGCAAGCGAGCAGCUCGGAUUCUUUGGUAAGUUCAACAGAUUAUUCGUUUUCGAUCCUAGCUAUGUAUCAAUAG